GAGGAGGGGGGUUGGACGCUGGAGGAGGAGGAGAAGGCUCGAGGGACCGUCUGUCGCGGGACAGGCUGGCCAGCUGGGGCGCGGAGUAGGGAGGAGGAGGUAGCAGCAGUAGCAGCAACGCUCGGAGCAGCAGCAGCAGCAGCAGAAGAAGAAACAAGUAUCAGCCACCCAGCGGCUCCUGCGGCCCGAGCAGCCUCAGUCCCCCCGCCGCUAUGGCGCUGCAAAACCCGGAGAGCGAGGAAGCCAAGGGGCCCUCGCAGGAGACAGAGCAAGAACAGCAGGAGCCGGUGGGUCGCCCUGAACCCGAGCCCGAGUCCUUGCCGAUGCCCCAACCUAAAACCCAAUCAGAACUCCAGGCUCCACCGGACCCCGCACCCUUGCCGGAGCUGGAGUUUGAGCCUGAGCCUGUGCAUGAACGCGAGCCCACGCCCACGGUGGAGACUCGCGGCACAGCGCGCGGCUUCCAGCCCCCCGAGGGUGGCUUCGGUUGGUUGGUGGUCUUCGCUGCCACCUGGUGCAACGGCUCCAUCUUCGGCAUCCAGAACUCCUUUGGGAUCCUCUACUCCAUGCUGCUGCAGGAGGAAAAAGAGAAAAAUCGCCAAGUGGAGUUCCAAGCAGCAUGGGUAGGAGCCCUUGCAAUGGGCAUGAUCUUCUUCUGUUCUCCCAUUGUGAGUAUAUUCACUGACCGUUUGGGCUGCCGAAUCACAGCGACUGCAGGGGCUGCUGUUGCUUUCAUUGGCCUUCAUACCAGCUCCUUCACCAGCUCCCUAAGCCUGCGUUACUUCACCUAUGGGAUUCUCUUUGGUUGUGGCUGUUCCUUCGCCUUUCAGCCAUCCCUCGUCAUCCUGGGCCACUAUUUCCAACGCCGCCUGGGUCUGGCCAAUGGUGUGGUGUCUGCUGGGAGUAGCAUCUUCUCCAUGUCUUUCCCCUUCCUCAUCAAUAUGCUGGGGGACAAGAUCAAGCUGGCCCAAACCUUCCAGGUGCUGAGUACCUUUAUGUUUGUUCUCAUGCUGCUUUCACUCACCUACCGGCCCCUCCUGCCCAGCUCCCAGGACACCCCAAGCAAGAGGGGUGUCCGCACCCUGCGCCAUCGCUUUCUGGCUCAGCUCAGGAAGUACUUCAACAUGCGAGUGUUCCGCCAACGUACCUACCGCAUCUGGGCCUUCGGGAUUGCUGCUGCUGCCCUUGGCUACUUCAUUCCCUAUGUACACCUGAUGAAGUAUGUGGAAGAGGAAUUCUCGGAAAUCAAGCAAACCUGGGUGCUCUUGGUGUGUAUUGGGGCUACCUCAGGCCUCGGGCGUCUUGUGUCGGGCCGUAUCAGCGACUCCAUUCCUGGACUUAAGAAGAUCUACUUGCAGGUCAUCUCCUUCUUGCUCCUGGGCCUGAUGUCCAUGAUGAUUCCUCUGUGCCGGGGCUUUGGGGGCCUCAUCGUUGUCUGCCUCUUCCUGGGCCUAUGUGAUGGCUUCUUCAUCACCAUCAUGGCCCCCAUCGCCUUUGAGCUGGUGGGCCCAAUGCAGGCCUCGCAGGCCAUUGGCUACCUUCUGGGCAUGAUGGCCCUGCCAAUGAUUGCUGGGCCCCCCAUUGCAGGCCUUCUCCGCAACUGUUUUGGGGACUACCAUGUGGCCUUCUACUUUGCCGGUGUGCCCCCCAUCAUUGGGGCUGUAAUCCUCUUCUUCGUCCCUCUGAUGCAUCAAAGGAUGUUCAAGAAAGAGCAGAGGGAUUCCAGCAAGGAUAAGAUGUUGGCUCCUGACCCAGACCCCAACGGGGAGCUGCUGCCAGGCUCCCCCACCCCUGAGGAACCCAUCUAAUGCCUCAUUCUUGCCAUUGUGUGAUUCUCCCCAGCCCUUCUCCUUCACUCCACUCUGCUCAGCAUUUACAUUUUUGCCACCAGCACACUUGUUCCCAAACCUGUGCACAUAGCAUUUUAGUCACCUGACCAUCCCCUUGGAGCCAAAACUCCAGGUGUUCCAAACUCACUAACCAAACUUUUCCCAAGAAUGCCUUUAAAUUUGCCAGGGCCCUUCUCCUCCCAGGAUAUGGGGAAACUUGGGAUUAUCCCUUGCUUGGCCUUUGGAACUUCUCCAUAUAUUUUCUAACCCCUGUGGGGGCGGCUAAGGGGAUGGAAACUCCUGGCUUUGACUUGUUAGUCACCUACUAAAAGCAAUUCCUAAAGGUGCUACUGUGUCCCUAGGAGCCUACUGGGGAGACCCAGACCUCCAUGUUCCAAGGAGUUUAUUGCCAUCUGUCCUUGCAAGCUGUUAUCAAGGGGGAGGGAGAUGUUGGGGAAGCAAAAUGAAACAAGGAGUCUCAGAGUCUCUGAAGGCCUUGGCUUCCUAAGAUCUGUGGGUGCCAUCACUUUACAAGUGUACAAGCAGUCUCCCUAUCACACUUCUGGUUAAUACUCUGUUUCCUUCUGCUUUUUUCCUUUUGUCCUCUAUUGCCUCCUCUCCCUUCUCUUCCCUAUUUCUUUUUAUGACUGUCAUAGACACAUGGGUGUUUGGAGAAAGGAGGGACCCAGAGCUUAAACCAAUCAGCCUCACCUUGGCCCAACCCACCCCUGACACUAGAAUCAAUCCCACUCAUCUCAGACAGAACCACAUCUCACUUUUGGGCUCAAGCUGAUAGAAUAGACUGGAAAAGUAGAGUAUCAUAUUGGGAAGGGGCCUUAAACAGCAUAGAGUUCUGCUCACCAAUUUUAUAGACUUCCCAAGCCAGUGUGUUAACCCGGAGGCCCUCACAGCUCUCUAACCUUGUAUCCAUUGGUGCAAUAUGUGAAGAAACUCCUUUCAUCUCAGCAGGCAGAGGAGGACUGAUGACAGGGAAAUGGCAUGGAGGAGGGGAAGGGCAGUAGUUAUUGACAUAGUGAAGGACCAACUACUCCAUCUCUCAUUACUCAUGACAUGUCAAUAUUUCCACCUGAGUCAGGUCAAGGAAGGGACUACUUUAGGAAAAAUCUCAUUCCCAACCUUGGUCCCAAAAAGGUACAGGCAGCAACUGCACAUAGAAUUGGACAAUUUCUUUUAGGAAAGGGAAGCCAUCCUAGCCUUUACCCCCAGUGUGUCCCCAAUACUGAACACACUGUGCCACUCUGCCUAGGAGGUUGGCACAUCUCCAGUGGGCCAGAAAGGUGGACUGUAGGCCACUUUUAUCCCUCUGAAGUAGGUGCCAGCUCCUUUUCUGUGCUUACACUCUGGGCAACAGUCUUGCUUAAGAGCAUUCCCAGUGCCCUUGGCUAGGGGCGGAAGGCACUGCCAGACUGUAUCCAACUUGCACAGCUCAGCUCAUUAGGAGCUCAGCCUCUCAUUCACUUUGAAUCUUUGUGUCUUUUUCUCCCUUCUCUGACCCUUUGUCUUUUGUGUUCCUGUCACCCCAACAUUUUAUCAUCUUUUUGCCAGGCAUCCCUGGCUAUCAUUAGGAGGCAACAAUGACUUGCCACCCCAAGCCAGGGCCAUCCUAGGAUCAGGAGGAUGAGGUUGGUUGUAAGGGGCUCCAAAGAGGACAAUGGUUCACAUCCAUGGUUUUUUUUGUUUUUUGUUUUUUUCCGUUACAAACAGGCAGCUGGGGCAUGGCUGGUCCCUGAUGGUUUCAUUCAAGGCCAAAGUCCUGAGCCCCUACAUUGGUCUCAGUCCAGCUCUUAUCAGCUCCUCAAAGGAAAACUCACUGGUUUUUGGCUCUGUGGAUGAGAAGGGAGCCCAGUUACUAUUCUGUCAGCCUAAACAACAGUGGAGCAGGAGAAGCUGGGCCCCAUAAAUCCUGUAACUCCCAGGAAAGACCAUUGAAAAUGCUGUAGCAGCAAAGCCCUUGCUUUCAUUUCUCCCUGCUUCGUCUCCACUAUGUCACCAGAGAGUGGUUUUCCUGGGCCUCUAUUGUUGUUCAUGGUGCAGAUAGCUCUUAAGAAUCAGACUGCCACCCACUUCUCUCCAGAUGAAGGAAAGAUUCUCACAGGUUCAAAAUCUGCCUAUUCAGAUGUCACAUAAUGUCGGGAUGUCACAUUACUUCUUCCGUACAUGUGCAUGUGCACAUGUGGGCUUGUGUGCUUUUGAAGAAUGCUGGUUGGUGAAAGUGGCACAGUAUUAAUAUUUAGGGUAGGAUGCAGCCUUUUAUGCGCCAUAAAGAAUUCUAGGAGAAUGAACAAAAUUUGGGAGCUCGAGACCUGGGACAUUUAAAUCCUCAAGGGGUUUGGAACAAAAUAAACUGAUCUAAAAAUCUAAAAA